GCCACACACGUGUAUUUAGGUUAGCUUUUAGUAUUAUUACCUAUUAAGUUGAGAUGCCUACGCUUGCACAUGAUUUUCAUUGGCAUAAUUUAUUAUAAUAUUAAUAAUUCCAAAAGGGGAUAUGUUAUCUCCAAAUAUACAUCAAAAUGCACUAGAGAUACUUGUAGAUUUUUUUCCAGUGGAGCAUUCCCCUGAAACCCGCUAAUUUAUCUCUCAACAUCCAUUUUGGCUGGCUAUACGCCAGGUAUCACAUAGUUUAUAUGUAUGUACAUAAAUAGCAGUUUUAAAUGUUUUGAAUAUAGAAGUAUAUGAACUAUAAUUUAAGGCAAACUGCUUCUUAUUUAAAAAAAUAAUCAAAGACAUGCAUUUCACUAUUUCAUAGAUAUUUUUUAAAGAAAAUUACUCAAUACAGAACGCAUUUCUUGACUUCUUUAUUAUAGUGUUUGAAUACAAAAAAUAUUUUGAAAAAAAAAAAAGAAAAAAAAAAAGAAAUUAUAUCCAAGUAAAAGCCCAGCCAUCCUCCUCUCCCACCAGAAGUUCAAAUGUCUCCCUAGCAGAAUAUCUUCCUGUAAUGUUUAGGCCUGCUUAUACUUUCUACCGUGGGAAAAUGUUCUUACAUUGUAAACUAAAAAUAGAAGUUUUAAAUUUCCUAAACAUAUCUGUCAAACAUACGCAGAUGUUCACUAUAUACAUCUUCUUAACCGUAAUCUCACAUAUCACUUUGAAAAUGGAUUAUCUCGCAUGCAUCGGUAUCAUAUUAUAUCAAAACAAUUUAAACGGUUGACAUCACACACAGGGUUGUCUACUCCAAUCAUUUUGCACAUAUUUCAUCAUGCGAUGAUCCAUUUUUGCCGAUGAGGCACUAAAUUGUUCUUUUUAUAAAAUAGCUGUGGAUAUUAAAAGGUAGGAAGGGUUAACUUGCUGCUGCAAGGUACGUGUGACUACAGUGUGCAGUCAUCCGGAAACCAGUGCGCUUAACAAUGGCAAUGAAUAGAAAAAGCAUACGUGAUUUGGAAGCUAUGCGUGGUUCUAUGCAUGAAUGUUUUCACAAAAAAAUACCUAUUUUAACAACGAAUCUUCUAAAAUAUGCUGACGAUCUUGAUAAAGCUUACAAAGAUAUCAAGAUUUCUAAAAUUGCCGGACAGUCGGGAUGUGUGGUUGGAGGGGUGUUGGCUGUUGUGGGCUUUGGACUUUCCUUUGUUACUUUUGGUGCGUCUUUAGGGCUUUGCAUAGCAGGAGGUGUUAUUGGCGGUGCUGGUGGUGUUACUACUGGUGGUGCUUCUAUUGCUGAUUCUGUAAAGGCAAGAGAUGCUAAAAAGAAGGCAGAAGUUCAGUUAAAAAUAUGCAAUGAGGCCUUCUGUAAAAUACUCGAGGAUUGCAAAUUAGUUUCAGACAAACUAGAGCGAAUUGGAGAAAUUGAAAUCAGGUUCCCAUUCUGGUGUAAAUUUUGGAGAAAACUAAUGUUCGGCUCUGGUAAUGCAGUUGCUGGCUUUGGUUGGAAAAUGGUUGCUAAUACCAUUAUUAAUGCAGUCAGAAUGGGUAAAGCUGUCGACACUGCAACUGAUGUAACUUCUGCCGUUGUUCCCGUGUUUCGGACACUUGGAAAUACAGCUAAAGGAUUUCAUAUUGCUGGUGGAGUUGUGAGCACUGUAUUUCUUCCUUUUGAUAUUUACAGUCUGGUUUCAAAUUCAGUAGAAUUGCACACGAAUGAAGCUCAUGAUAUAUCAAAGAGAAUAAGGCAAGCUGUAAAAGAUAUACAGGAUAAAUGUCCAAAGAAAGAAGAAAUAGACGACAUGAUAGAUAAAUGUAUAGCUGUUUUAAGGCAGUAACACUGUAAUCAAUAUGUUAAACAAAACAAAAAAAUGUAACGUCUAAAUUGUGCGCUUAAGUUAACUAUUUCCUUGUUGAAGACAAAUUUCUAAUUACGAAAAUCUAUCAAAUAAUGACAUACGCUGAGAAAAUUGUUCAUUUUAUGAAAUAUUGGUUUCGUGCGUCAACGUCUAAGUAGUGUUUACGUGAAAAAGUAUAUUAUACAAACAUGUAUAUUGAUAUACACUAAGAAAAGGGUUCAUUUUAUGAAAUAUUUGCUUCGUGUGUUAACGUAGUGUAAUACGUGAAAAAAUUGAUAUUAUAAUUACUGACAGUUUCUAAUUUGAUCUAAAAAUUAAUGUUUACAUAAUCUAUCUGUAAAAACCAUUUAAAACUGAAAUGUUUACCAUUUGUUGUAAUAAGGUCGUCAGUAUACAGGUAUUUUUACAUUAGCUGCGAUUGGAUAUCUAGACUUAAAUGAGGCGGAAUUAACUUUAUAAAAAGAAUUCAUAUCACAGUCGAAUGAUUAAGUGCGAAAAACACUUGUUUAAUGGCACAUUAACGUACAUAUUUAUCCUACACAUUAUUUGAAUUUGAUAAGUUGCUGAGAUGUUGUGUUAAACUUUAGAAUAUCGUUUGAUACUCCCAGAGAGUGAGCAAAUGUGAUUUUCUUCCAUUAUAUACUAUGACUUAACAUCUUUUUAUCAUAUAAAUGAAUAAAAGCUGCUGAUAUUGCUGCUGCUGAUGAUGAAUGGUAAUAAUCAAUGGGAAUAAUGAUGACUGAAUGAUAAGUUUAACAAUGAAUAACGAUGACGCUGUUGAUUAAUAUUUAUAAUGAUGGCUGAUGAUAACGGUGAGGAUGUUUAUAAUGGAUAAGACAGAUUAUGACUGAUGAUUGGAUAGACGGUGAUGAUGAUUGAAUAAAUGACGAAUGACAAUAAGCACAAUGUCAUGAAUAUUGAUGUAUGAUGAUGAUAAUGGGUGAAAGCUGGAUAAAUGAUGAUGACUUAUGAUGAUAAUAACGAUAAUCAUGAUGAAAAUUAAUGAUGAAUAAUUAUGAUAAGUGAUGAAUGAUUAUCAUGAAUAAAGCUGUUAAAUAAUGAUGGUGAUGAAUUAAAGAAAUGGAUAAAUGAUGAUGAUAAAGCAUAAUGACUGACGAUGAUUUUACUGAGACGCUCAAUAAAAUGUUUAAAAUACA